GCAUGCGCAGCUGCUCAACAGUCUCCAGUCCACCGGAGACACAACAACCGUUCACCGUCCCAGGUCAGCUCGGGACCGCGUAACAGUCACCCGUCAGGGGUCUUCAGUCUGAGAGAGGCCGGGGAGAGAGCCGGAGGUGCGGACACACAGGCGGAGGAGGGGGUAGAGGACCAGAGCCGCUCCGAGAGGCGUUAGCAGCCUGCUGAUUCACACAUAACCCGGUACUCCUCUCAGCGGUUCCGAGACCCACCUGGACCCACCUGGACCGACCUGCACCAGUGGCUGACCUAUCGGGUCACCUGUCGGCACUCGGACCCGCUGCUUAUGGAUCAUCUGCAUGGUGCUAGCAUUAGCACGCAGGCUACAUGCUAACAGGCUAAUGCACCAAGAGGGUCCCGGUACAGGGUGCUGCUUCAGGCUCAGGGGGUCAGGGCUAGUAUGGAACUGUUAACGGGCUCCAUGCUGAACUCCCGGUAACGGAACACUUAGAUAACCAAUAUCUGGGGACCAUCUGGGCGCAGCCAGAUCCCGUGGAGCGGCAGAGGAUGGUCGCAGAGACAACAGCUGCACUGGAGGACCGGCCUGUCUUCACCCUGCCUCCCGGACUCAGGCUCAGCCCGAAGGCGUUCAUGUAAACCGGUUCGGGGUCAGCAGCAGCCAUCAUGCAGGCGGCGCAGCUGCAGUACGACUUCUUCAAUGAGGAGAACGGACCCAAGUGGAGAGGCCUGCUGGUGUCUUCACUGGAGAAGGUACUCAACCAGGUGCAUCCUAACCUGGUUUCCCAGCAGGAGGCACUGCAGUACAUUGAGGAGCUGAUCCUGCUCCUGCUCAGCAUGCUGUGUCAGGCUCAACCAAGAACUGUACAGGAUGUGGAGGAGCGAGUCCAGAAGAGCUUUCCUCAUCCUAUAGAUAAGUGGGCGAUUGCUGAUGCUCAGGCUGCCAUCGAGAAGAGGAAGAGGAGGAAUCCUUUGGCUCUGCCUGUGGAUAAGAUUCACCCUCUGCUCAAGGAGGUGCUGGGGUACAAGAUAGACCACCAGGUGUCGGUCUACAUGGUUGCGGUGUUGGAGUACAUCUCUGCUGACAUCCUGAAGCUGGCAGGAAACUACGUCAGGAAUAUCCGACACUAUGAGAUCUCUCAGCAGGAUAUCACUGUGGCUAUGUGUGCAGACAAGGUGCUGAUGGACAUGUUCCACCAGGACGAGGAGGACAUCAGCAGCUUCCCUCUGAUGGACGAGGAGCCGUCAGCCAAUGAGGAGCAGAGUUACUACGAGCUGGUGAGGAGCUUCAUGUCUGACGGUCGACAGUUCCUGAGGACGCUCAACCUGCUGAUCAAGGUGUUCAGAGAGCCCUUCGCCUCCAGCCCAAUGCUCUUCUCUCAGCACGAUGUGGACAGCAUCUUCAGUCGGAUUGUUGAUGUCCACGAAGUGACGGUGAAAUUGUUGGGUCUAAUCGAGGAUACGGUGGAGAUGACCGAUGAGGGCAGUCCUCAUCCUCUGGUGGGGAGCUGCUUUGAAGACCUGGCUGAGGAGCUGGCCUUUGACCCAUAUGAGACGUACGCUCAGGACACCCUGCGCUCUGGUUUCCAUGAACACUUUCUGGGUCAAGUGUCCAAACCAGGAGCAGCUUUCCACCUCCAGUCCAUCUGUGAAGGUUUUAAAGAGGCUGUUCAGUACGUUCUUCCCAGACUGCUGCUCACUCCGGUUUACCACUGUCUGCACCUGUUUGAGAUCCUCAAGCAACUGGAAGAGAAGAGUGAAGAAGAGGAGGAUAAAGAGUGUCUGAAGCAGGCCAUCACCGCUCUGCUCAACCUGCAGAGCAGCAUGGAGAGGAUCUGCUCCAGGAGCCUUGCUAAGAGGAGGCUAAGCGAGUCGGCGUGUCGUUUCUACAGCCAUCAGAUGAAGGGAAAGCACCUGGCCAUCAAGAAGAUGAACGAGAUUCAGAAGAACAUCGACGGCUGGGAAGGAAAGGACAUUGGCCAGUGCUGCAAUGAGUUCAUCAUGGAGGGCACACUGACUCGCGUGGGCGCCAAACACGAGCGCCACAUCUUCCUGUUCGACGGCUUGAUGAUCUGUUGCAAGUCCAACCACGGGCCGCCGCGGCUGCCGGGCGCCGGCUCAACCGCAGAGUACCGGCUAAAGGAAAAGUUCUUCAUGCGCAAAGUCCAGAUCAACGACAAAGACGAUAAGGAGGGCGAGUACCGGCAUGCCUUCGAGAUCAUCCUAAAGGAUGGGAACAGCGUAGUGUUUGCCGCCAAGUCUGCAGAGGAGAAGAACGGCUGGAUGGCGGCGUUGAUCUCGCUGCAGUACCGCAGCACGCUGGAGCGCAUGCUAGACUCGGCCAUGAUGCAGGAGGAGAAGGAGGAGCAGAUGAGGCUGCCGGGAACCAAGGUUUACCGGUUCGCUGAGCCGGACUCGGAGGAGAACGUUGUGUUUGAGGACAACGUCCAGUCCAAGUCCGGGAUCCCCAUCAUUAAAGCAGGGACGGUCCUGAAACUAAUCGAGAGGCUCACCUUCCACAUGUACGCAGAUCCAAAUUUUGUCCGAACAUUUCUGACCACCUACAGAUCGUUCUGUAAACCUCAGGAGCUGCUGGACUUGCUCAUGGAAAGGUUUGAGAUCCCGGAGCCGAGGCCGAGCGAGGUGGAUCCCAUGGAGGGAGGAGAGCAGCCGCUGUGCGCCGAACUCAAACGCUUCCGCAAAGAGUUUGUCCAGCCAGUUCAACUCAGAGUGUUGAAUGUGUGUCGCCACUGGGUGGAGCAUCAUUUCUACGACUUCGAGAGAGACGCUUUCCUGCUGAGACGACUGGAGGAGUUCAUUGCCUCAGUCAGAGGUAAGGCAAUGAGGAAAUGGGUGGAGUCGAUAACUAAGAUCAUCCAGAGGAAGAAGCAGGUUCAGGUGAGCGUGCCCAGUCACAGCAUAACCUUCCAGAACUCUCCUCCUCCCAUCGAGUGGCACACUUGUAAACCAGGAAACGCUGAGCAGUUUGACCUCAUGACGCUUCACCCGAUCGAGAUCGGCCGACAGCUCACUCUGCUCGAGUCCGACUUCUACAGGGCAGUGCGACCGUCUGAGCUGGUUGGCAGCGUCUGGACCAAAGAAGACAAAGAGAUUCACUCCCCCAACUUGCUGAGGAUGAUACGACACACCACCAACCUCACACUUUGGUUUGAAAAGUGUAUGGUAGAAACUGAGAACCUAGAGGAACGCGUUGCCGUCGUGUCUCGGAUCAUCGAGAUCCUGCAAGUUUUUCAGGAACUCAACAAUUUUAACGGAGUUUUGGAGGUCGUCAGUGCCAUGAACUCCUCUCCGGUUUACAGACUGGACCACACCUUUGAGCAAAUUCCGAGUCGGCAAAGAAAAAUCCUGGAGGAAGCUCAUGAACUGAGUGAAGAUCAUUACAAGAAGUAUUUAGCCAAACUGCGCUCCAUCAACCCCCCCUGUGUCCCUUUCUUUGGAAUCUACCUGACCAACAUCCUGAAGACGGAGGAGGGUAACCCCGACUUCCUGCGCAGACACGGCAAAGAUUUGAUCAACUUCAGCAAGAGGAGGAAAGUGGCUGAAAUCACCGGAGAGAUCCAACAGUACCAGAACCAACCGUACUGCCUGAGAGUGGAGAAUGACAUCAGGAAGUUCUUUGAGAGCCUGAACCCGAUGGAGGACAUGUCAGAAAAAGACUUUGCUGAUCAUCUAUUCAACAAAUCUCUGGAGAUAGAACCUCGAAACGUCCGAUCAUUGCCUCGAUUUGUGAAGAGGUACACCUGUCCUCUGAAGUCUCCAGGGAUCCGUCCGACCUCAGCAAGGCCUGGGACCAUGCGGCACCCAACACCGCUGCAGAAUGAACCUAGAAAGAUCAGUUACAGCCGCAUCCCCGACAGCGAGGCUGAGGGGGGAGCUGUCUCAGCACCCAAUUCCCCGCGCACCCCCCUGACUCCGCCCCCUGCCUCCGCCACCUCCACAGACGUUAGCAGUGUGUUCGACUCGCCACAAGGUCCCAGCAGCCCCUUUCACUCCAGGUCCUCCUCUGUCUCUUCCAUGGUGAAUUUCAGUCGUGGUCCUGAGGAAGUCCCUGUACCUCCUCCUGUUCCUCCUCGCAGACGUCCAGAGUCAGCUCCUGCCGAGUCCUCACCCUCAAAGAUGAUGUCAAAGUUGGACAGCCCCCCUGCUGUCCCCCCUCGUCAGCCCACCUGUAAGCUACUCCCCCCUCGUUACUCAUCGUCUCUGUCAUCGUCGUCUCCCCCUGACAGCCCCCCUUCUCUGCCUCCUCGGGAGCCACUCAGCUCUCCUCUACACCUCCUCCCCCCUCCUCAGGGCCGCCCUCGAUGUGACCUGCAGGCUUUCUUCCCUUCCACCACCUCGACCUCACCCUCCAUCAGCUCUGCCCCCACUGCCUCCUCCUCCCCACCCCCCAUUCCUCCUCUCACCCCCAGCCCCACUCCUGCUUCCAGGAAGAUGCUCCUCCCCCUUGACGGCCCCCCCGUGCCUCCCCGGCACACCGUCCCCAAACUUCCUCCCAAGACCUACAAGAGGGAGUUUCUGACCCCUGCCCCCAUGUUGGACACGCCCCCUGCACUGUGAAUGGACAGCCUGGACUUUCUAAGGGAGGGGGCACAGACUGCUAAGGAGGCGGAGCUAGAUGAGCUAACACUACAGCAAAUUGGAUGAAAACAAACAAAACAAUGGAUUUAAAGACAAAAAAACAAAAAUAAAGAUAAUGUGCCCUUUUUCCGAAAAAACUAAUCAUGUGACCUUAUUCUGAAAAAAGAACUGAUUGUAUCCUCCAGCUGCAGAACUUUGGAGAACAUUCGUCUGUUUGUCAGACCUGAUGAACAGAAAGGAUUGUGGAUAACGUAGUGUUCCACGGACUGAAGUGGACUCUGGGUCUGAGGUGCCUUCAGGUACUUGACCAGAACCAAAGAGGUACUGUAUCGGGUCUGGUGGACCUGAUAUUUCUCUGAUUGUUCAUGAAUGUCUAUUCUUUAAAACAAGGGAAUAAACGUGUUUGUAAACUGA